UCUAAAAGCAAUCAACCAUUCUCUCUCUGUCUUUUAUUUUGAUCUUCAUUUUACCAUUUCAGCUCACAAACUUUUUCUUUUUUUCGUUUUUUAUUUUUUUAUUUUUGCUUCACUGUAAUCCCAAAUCUGAGCUGAAUUGGAGUUCAAGUUUGAUCUUUCACGGUGGUUUCAGUUGGGGACUUUGUGACUUCUUCAAUCUUCAAGUCAAUUUCGGUUCUAAUUCAGUCCCUCACCGUCCGGAUUUUGUUUUUCCGAUCUUAUUUCUUCUUCCGAGUUGGGUUUUUAGUUCUUGUGGACAAUGGCGAAGCGUGGAUAUAAACUACAGGAAUUUGCGGCACAUUCAGGAAAUGUCAACUGUCUAAGUAUUGGGAAGAAAGCUUGCCGACUGUUUAUAACUGGUGGAGAUGAUUAUAAAGUCAACCUUUGGGCAAUUGGAAAACCUAAUUCUUUAAUGAGUCUUUGUGGUCAUACUAAUCCAGUUGAAUCAGUAGCUUUUGAUUCAGCAGAAGUUUUGGUGCUUGCUGGAGCUUCAUCUGGUGCAAUAAAGUUGUGGGAUCUUGAAGAGGCUAAAAUGGUUCGCACUCUAUCUGGUCAUAGAUCAAACUGCACGGCAGUUGAAUUUCAUCCAUUUGGCGAGUUCUUUGCAUCAGGUUCUAGAGACACUAAUCUAAAAAUCUGGGAUAUCAGAAAGAAAGGUUGCAUUCACACAUACAAGGGGCACACACAAGGCAUUAGUACUAUCAAGUUCACACCAGAUGGUCGUUGGGUAGUUUCUGGUGGUUUUGAUAGUGCCGUGAAGGUAUGGGAUUUAACUGCUGGAAAGUUGAUGCAUGAUUUCAAGUUCCAUGAAGGACCUAUUCGAUCCAUUGAUUUUCAUCCACUUGAGUUUCUCCUUGCGACAGGGUCAGCAGACAAAACUGUGAAAUUCUGGGAUUUGGAAACUUUCGAAUUGAUUGGAUCUACAAGACCUGAGGCUGCUGGAGUACGUGCAAUCACCUUCCAUCCAGAUGGGAGGACCCUGUUUUCUGGCCUGGAUGAAAGUCUGAAGGUAUAUUCGUGGGAGCCUGUCAUUUGCCAUGAUUCUGUUGACAUGGGAUGGUCAACACUUGGUGACCUUUGCAUUCAUGCUGGGAAACUCUUGAGUUGCUCAUCUUAUCGAAAUUCUGUUGGAGUUUGGGUAGCUGAUGUAGCGCUUAUUGAGCCUUAUGGAGCUAGUUCAGUAUCUGGGCAAAAGGAGCCAAAAGAACAGAAACCCGGUUCUGCCUUCAAGAACAGCCUAGGUUCGAAAAGCACUGGAAGUGAUUUGAUGACUUCAAAUUUGCAAUCUCUGUCUCCUGAUUAUGAAACAAAGGAGAUAAAGAAUAUAUACAUAGACACAACUGGUGGAAAACCUGUUUCACCACAGAAGGCAGAAUCUUUAAGCUCCCCCAAAAUUGUGUUCGCAUUGGAUUCAAAGGAGAUUAGCUAUGAUGCAAGCAAAAAGCAAAAUCCUGCAUCGCGAGUAGAAGUGAAAUCUAAUGAAUUAUCAAAAGAUAAACCACCAGUUGUACCUUGUGAUAGCCCUGAGGUUAAAGACUCACCAAGCUCUGUGAGGGAAUCUAUCACAUUUUCCAAGACAAGGCGUGGAAUGUUACUCAGGCCGGCUCAUAUAAGAAAGCCAUCCAAUAGUAAAAUAGACCUUGAAAAACUCUCAGUGUCAGUUGAUUCAAGUAGAAAAACUGAUCUCGAGAGACUACCAGUUGUAGAUUCUGUAAAUGUCUGUAAUACCACCAAUGACUUGAAUAAAGCUCCAGUACAAAACUUGAAAACAAGUGUUGUAUCCGAAGUAAUACAUAUAGAUUCUUGUGGAACAAAUUCUGAUAUCAUUAGUAUUGAGAAGUUCGAAAAAGGCCCCUCUGUGUCAGUUGACACAACUUCAGAACAAGAAACCCGCAACAAAUCAGUUGAGAAUAGCAAAGGGGCAAACUCCGUUAAAUUUGUAAAUGGAGUUGCAGUUGUUCCUGGAAGGACACGCACUCUUGUUGAGAGGUUUGAAAGGAGAGAAAAAACUAAUGAUGUACAGACAACAAUUUCACCAUCUAAUGUCCUUGAACCAGAGAAAACGAGAGAACAAACUAAUAGCUUAGAAGUACAAGUGGUUACACCUCAGAUCCUUGAAACUGAGAAGACACGUGAACAAACUAAUGACUAUAGAGUACAGGCAGUGACUAUGCCUUCUCACGUCUCUGAAACGGAGACGAGAAGUGAACAAACUAGUAACUAUGAAGUACAGGCAGUGGCUAUUCCUUCCCUCGUCUCUGAAACUGAAAAGGCAAGAGAACAAACUAACAACUAUGAAGUACGAGCAAUGGUUAUUCCUCGUACCCCUGAAACUAAGAGGAUGGGUAUUAACUAUGAAGCAAAAUCAAGAAGUAACUAUGAAGCAAAGACAAGAAAUAACUAUGAAGCAAAAUCAACUCUUAUAUCUUCUCGUGUCCCUGAAACAGAUAAAACCGACAGUUCACAGAAAGGAGAACCUCAAAUUUCUGGAAGAGAUUCUACCUCUGCAAAUGACAGGGAUGUCAUUGAAGAUUUGAUGCAAUCUCAUGAUAUAUUCUUAAGUACCCUCCGAUCCCGUGUGACAAAAUUGCAGGUGGUACGACACUUUUGGGAGCGGAAUGACAUGAAAGGCGCCAUUAAUGCCAUGACAAAGCUUCCGGAUCAUUCGGUGCAAGCAGAUGUGAUCAGCGUUCUCAUUGACAAGAUGGAUGUCUUAACUCUAGAUUUAUUCUCAUGCUUACUUCCUGUACUUGUGGGUUUAUUGGAUAGCAAGAUAGAAAGGCAUGCCAGUUUGUCAAUGGAAAUACUAGUGAAGCUAGUAGCAGUUUUUGGUCAUGUUAUAAGCUCAGCAGUAUCGGCACCUCCAGUAGUUGGUGUUGACCUUCAUGCCGAGCAGAGGGUACAAUGCUGCAAGCAAUGCUUCACCCAACUGCAGAAGAUUCAAAAAGUUAUUCCAUCAUUUGUAAGGAGAGGUGGUUCACUAGCUAGAAGUGCUCAGGAAUUGAAUCUAGUUCUUCAACAAUGUUAAGUUUGGUCCACAGUGCCAAAUUUCUGGCAAAGAACAAAUAAGUAGGUAGGCUGACACCUCUAAUAGAAAGAACGGGGAGAUGCAGCAUCUUUUCAAGUUGAAGCCAUAGUCAUCCCACAAGUUAGCCGGAUGCUUGCUUCCAGUUCUGGUUUCGUCCCUUAUAAAGGGGAAUCCAGCAGGGUGAUCGACGGAAAAACUUAGAAGACGAACGGUAAAUUGGCAUGUUGGAACGUUUAGAUGGAACAUUGGAAGCCGGCCUUCCUCACUUUGAUUCUUCAUAUUCCGGGUAUUGUCUGUAUCUUUUGAUUAACAAUGUGUAAUUAUGUUCCAAUCAUACCAUACAUGUAAUGCGUGGAGACAUUCAAUGCAAAUAUACGAGUUAGAGUGAAAUCCGUUGUAUUUGUGUGUAAGUAAAAAGUUUCCUUUACAUGUUAACGUUGAGAAAUAACCACUAUUAUGGUUGUAGCAUUAGCAGGGGAACAAAGGCAAUGAUUCUUCAUAUUCUUGGGGGCAUUUUCUUCACAGAUAUGAGAACUGAGACUAUUGAGUAUGUGUAACUUUGUAUUUGAAUUGUAUAGAUAAGAUGCGGAAUUUCACUUUAAA